AUGAGAAAAGAGAUGGAAAACAAGCUUGAAGCAAAAGACAAAAGCAUUCAGAAAAGAAUACCACGUUCGGUACCAAAAGGAAAGGAAAAGAACUAUAAGUAUAUGAUUUAUACUGAAGAUAUGGAAGACAGUGACAUGGUUAUGUUGCAUUUAGUCAGAAGAAACAACAAAAGCUUUUACGACCUUGCUAAGAUUUACAAAUCUGACAGAAAUUGGUUCUAUCGCGAAAACUUACCGAUUUCAAUGACUCCAAAUGAAGAUGUGAAACAAAUAGUUCAAGAUACGUUACCUCAAACACACUAUGAUAUUAAAGGUUGUACAAUUUUUACCUUCAAAGAAGAUUUGCCAUUGUUAAAGGAAAAAAUAACAGAGUAUUUUGACAACUUCAAACAAGUAGAGUAA